GCAAAGUUCAAAGAUUAAGCGGGGAAGGAGGCUGGGGGGGCUUAGGCUGGGAGCAGGGACUCCCCACCCGUGACUUGGUUCAGGCCUGCCCGGAGACCCUCCCCUUAUUCCCCCGCUUCCCAAGCAUCAUGAUUUUGGGGAAGAAGCAGAUGGAAGCCUUGUCCGUCUAUCAGUUUGUGUUGACCUUUCUCUUUAUGGGAAUUGGCUUUACUCUCCUCCUUGUAUACCUGCUGUUCACUUGGCUGUGGUCGGUUUCGGUCCUCUACCUCAUCUGGCUCUACCUGGACUGGGACACCCCGCAGAAAGGUGGACGUCGCUCGGAAUGGAUGAAGGGUUGGAAGAUUUGGGAGCACAUGCGGGAUUAUUAUCCCGUCAAGCUGGUGAAGACGGCCGAGCUGCCCCCCCAGGGGAAGUACAUCUUUGGCUACCAUCCCCACGGGAUCAUGGGCAUCGGCUGCUUCUGCAACUUCACCAUGAACCCCGUCGGUUUCUCCCGCCUCUUCCCUGGGCUCCGGGUCACCGUGGCCGUACUGGCCGGUCUCUUCAGGAUCCCGAUCUACCGUGACUACCUCAUGAGUGCCGGUGUGUGCCCCGUGAGCCGCGAAUCCCUGGACUUCCUCCUGUCCGGCCCCGGGCGAGGCUGCGGGCAGGCCGUCGUCAUCGUGGUCGGAGGAGCCAACGAGUCCCUCGACUGCAGGCCGGGCGAACACUGCCUCACUCUGCGCAAGCGCAAAGGCUUUGUGCGCCUGGCGCUGAAGCACGGGGCCUCCCUCGUCCCAGUUUACUCCUUUGGCGAGAACGAGAUCUUCUCCCAGGUGGUGUUCGAGGAGGGCAGCCGUGCCCGCCGCCUGCAGCGGGCCUUCAAGACCCUCAUGGGCUUCUCGCCCUGCCUCUUCUGGGGCCGCGGCCUGAUCUGGCCCCACUCCUGGGGUCUCCUGCCCUUCCGCAAGCCCGUCACCACCGUCGUGGGUCGCCCGAUCCCGGUUCCCCACAACCCUAACCCGACCCUGGAGGAGGUUAACCACUACCACCAGCUCUACAUGGAAGCCAUAGAGGAGAUGUUCGAAGAGCACAAGGCCAGCUGUGGAGUCCCGCCCAACAAGCACCUUGUCUUCUACUAAGGAUGUGUAUAUGGGGGUGUCCUUCUCCCCCUUCCCACUCAAACACCGUUACCUUGAGGACCGCAGCAGCCCAGACCCCACUUUCACCUCCCUCCCACCCCAUUUUCCUCAGUCCCUCGUGGAAUUCAGGGAGCAAAAGCCCUGUGGGCUUCUAAGACUACGAGAGGCAUUUUCUGGGGCCCCCCGAGGGUAUGGAACUGUGGGAACCGAGGGAAGACUUGGCUUUUGCUCGUGCAAUAAAGUUGUCUCCCCUCUCAUGGACAAUAAUAAUAA